UUUCCACAUCAAAGCCGCAUCCCACUUACAAGCCCAACUCGAGCAUCCGCGGUACCUGCACAGGUAACCACCACCUCCGCCAUGCUCUGGUCCCCAACACCUAAGCUUUGGCCUCUCCUGGUCUUCCUCUCCCUCCUCCUCCUCCUCUCCCCAUCCACCCUCGCCCUCACCCCCUCCCCGCUCGUCACCUACACCAACACCCUCAUCCCCCAACGCGCCGACCCUCACAUCUCCAAACACACUGACGGCUACUACUACUUCACCGCCACCGUGCCCGCCUACGACAGCAUCAUUGUUCGCCGCGCCCCCACCAUCCAAGGCCUCGCCUCCGCGCCCGAAACCACCAUUUGGCGACGCAAAUCCUCCGGCAUCGGCUCCAACCAAGUCUGGGCCCCCGAGCUCCAUUACAUCGACGGAAAAUGGUACAUCUACGUAGCCCUGGGCGUCGCCAACGAGUGGCGCAUCCGUGCAUUCGUGCUGGAGGGUGUCGGCUCCAAUCCGCAGACGGCGACGUGGUCGGAGAAGGGACUGGUGAACACGGAUUGGGAUACCUUUUCUCUGGACGCGCAUCAGUUCCAAGUCAACGGGACGCGGUAUCUAGUCUGGGCGCAGCAGGAACCGAGCAGGACGGAUGAGAACAGUUCUUUGCUUUUGGCAAAGCUAGUCAACCCAUGGACAAUCCAACGACCAGCAACAGUCAUCAGCCGCCCUCUCCUAUCCUGGGAACGAAUCGGUUACAAAGUCAACGAAGGCCCCGCCACCUUGCAAAAGAACGGCAAGAUCUUCCUCACCUACUCCGCCAGCGCCACGGAUAGCAACUACUGCAUGGGCUUGCUCACUGCUUCUGUCGGUGCAGACCUGCUAAACGCAGCAAGCUGGAGCAAAUCGCAAACCCCCGUCUUCCAAUCCAACUCCCUCACCAAGCAAUACGGCCCCGGCCACAACUCCUUCACUGUUUCCGAAGACAACCUCUCAGACAUUUUAGUCUUUCACGACCGCGGCUACCCCAACAUCACAGGUGACCCGUUGAACGAUCCCAACCGUCGCACGCGCGUGCAAAAGAUCUACUGGCGAGCGGAUGGGACGCCGGAUCUAGGCAUCCCCGUUCCUGAUGGCGCUACCCCCGUCCGGUUGCGCAGCUUCUCUUCUCCUGGGUCGUAUAUCAGGUACUACACGGGUACUUCCCCCUCUGGCUCAGCAACCCUCGCCGAUCAACUGUUCCGUAUCAUUACCCCCGGCUUAGCAGGCGGGAACACCGUUAGUUUGGAAUCCGCCAGUCGACCAGGUCUCUACCUGAGGAGGAGCGGGACGCAAGUGCGGUUUGAUGCGGGGUCUAGCGGUUCGUCGGCAAGUUUCAAGAGCGAGGCGAGUUGGAAUCGGAGGGAGGGGUUGACGGAUGCGGCGAAGGGAGUGUCGUUUGAGGCGGCGGGGGUGAGUGGGCAGUAUUUGAGGUUGACGGGAGUAGAUGGGGGGUUGGUGUUGGCGGCUGUGGGUGGGGAUCAGGGGCAGAGGGGGCAGGCGACUUUUUAUUUGGAGUAA